CCUCGCCGCGCCCAGGAUGCUGCCGGGACCGGCGCUGCUGCUCGGCGCGCUGCUGUGGCGCCUGGCCGCCGCCGGCGAUGAAGAACUACCAACAGCAGUCAAUAUAACUUGGUCUUCAAUCAAUUUUAAAACUAUACUACAGUGGCAACCAAAACCAUCAGGCUACUUCUAUACUGUAGAAAUACAUGGACGGACAUCUGACGUAAAGAGAAAAUGCAUACUGACUUCAGAAACAGAGUGUGAUGUUACUGAUGCACUCAGGAAUGUAAAGGAGACCUAUACAGCACACAUACUGUCUGUAAAGCCUGCAGAGAUGGAUAACUUUGAAGAGCCACCUUUUGCAGUCUCUGAAAAAUUUACACCUUAUAGUCAGACUGUUAUUGGAAAACCAGAGAUAAAGAAUUAUUCACAAGAUGGUUCCAAACUGAAUGUCGUGUUCAACGAUCCACUUACACCAUAUGUAUUUCCUAAUGGAAGCUUUCAAAGUAUUCAAGAUAUUUUCCAGCAUGACCUAGAAUACAAACUCUAUUACUGGAAAGAUCAAAGUUCUGGAAAGAAGGAUAUAACAACAAAAAGCCAUAAUUUUGAAGUAAGUGUUGACAGUGGAAAGAACUAUUGCUUCUAUGUCCAGGGAAUCAUUCCCUCCCGCAGAGAAAACCGGAAUGGCCAAGAAAGCAUGGUGCUCUGUACCAGUGUAGGAAGGAAUAUCUUAGAUGAAUAUGGAACAGAAGUCUUUAUCAUCUUAGCAGUGAUAGCAGUUGUAGUUAUCACUCUUGCCAUUGUCCUUCCAGUGGUUCUGUGUAAACGCAAGAAAGCAAAGAGAGCAAGAGCUGUGAGAGAAAAGGAGCUGCUUAAUGGUGUAUAAAGAAGAAUUAUUGCAGACACUAGUGGCAGUACCAAAGCAAAAAAAACCUGAACAACAAAAAAACCUAAAUUGGGUAAUUGGGUGGAGCCUUUUAAGCUCGCUGAAACAGGAAUUCUGAAGCCCAAACUUUAUGUGGAUUAAAAAAUCCACUCUUUAUGUGGAUUAAAAAAUCCACUAUACAGUACAGAUGAAAAAUCCAGAUCUCAGGAAGCCCUGUGUCAUUAGUGGCCAGAGGCUGGAAGAGCGUUCUGGUGAUCUGUAACAAGCAUAGAAU